UCACCGAUAGGCUGACUACGUGUCCCGUGACGGCCGUAGCUCGAGGCCAGGCAUCAGUUGAGGCGAUUUGUGAACCGGACUCUGCAAGGUGGAGUCGCCAUGCCGUCUCUCCGGGAGCGCUUCACCAACUACCUGAAUGGGGAUAACAUAGUGUCCAGACUGCUGGGGAAGGUGGAGGAGAGAACCGGCGUCAAGAAGGAUUAUUUGGCUACCGGCUCCAUCUGCUCUCUGGGCUUGUACCUGGUCUUUGGCUAUGGGGCUUCUUUGGUCUGCAACUUAAUUGGCUUUGUGUAUCCUGCUUACAGGUCGAUCAAAGCCAUUGAAAGUGAAGAUAAAAAGGAUGACACAAUAUGGCUGACAUACUGGGUAGUCUAUGGAGUGUUCAGUGUCGUGGAGUUCUUUUCAGAUAUCUUUCUCUUCUGGUUUCCUUUUUACUAUCUGGGAAAGUGUGCUUUCCUGCUUUGGUGUAUGGCUCCUUUUCCAUGGAAUGGCUCACAGACCAUAUACAGCCGCUUUGUCAGACCAUUCUUCUUAAAGCAUCACCAAACUGUAGAUAGUGUAGUAAGUGAUCUUGGUGGUCAGGCUCUGAACACAGCAGAAAAUGUCACAAGACAAGUACUACAGACUCUAACCAGCAGCAGAUCUCUUCUGGCUCCAGUGGGAGGCCAGCAGGCCCUUCCCAGCACCUCUCAUUCAAAGGAGCAUUGAUUAACUCCCAGGAAGACGAGAAAAGCAAGUGAUGGAUUUAUCCUAGGAUGUCUCCUUCUGAAGAGAUGUAACCCCAUGAAAUAAAUGCUUCCUGCUAGUUGUCUUAAAUGGAAAGCUGCUAUGUUUUUUUUCCUGGUUACUGCUUAGGGUUAACCUGUUUGUUAUGGACCAGACAGUGGAAAUAUGGAAGUGCAUUUACCAAAAAAAGAUUUUUACAUCAAUACAAAGACUGGAAAUACCAUAAUAAAUCUGUAUUGCUGGUUGUUAAA